CUCCUCCAGUUGCUUGUGUUUGACCUGUCCCACCCAGUGGAUUUAACCCAGAUGGUUAGCGGUGGUACUGGGGCGAUAUUAGAAUAGAUACAAAUACAAAACGAUUUAAUCGGCGUUUUACCUUCCGAAACUGAUCGGGGGCGCAGAGCUUUGAGCAGUUUGAUGUCGUCAGUAGACUUGGGCGAGCGGAUACGUCACAGAACCGCGCCGCUCCUGUUGGGUUGUCCGCGCCGCGCGGAGCGAGGAAGGAUCGAGAAACGAUUUGAAUUAACUUGAAGACAAAAGCAAUGGAUAUCCGACCUAAUCAAACAAUUUAUAUUAACAAUAUCAAUGAUAAAGUUAAAAAAGAAGAGUUGAAGAGAGCAUUAUAUGCCCUGUUUUCUCAGUUUGGUCAAAUUAUUGAUAUUGUAGCUUUAAAGACUAUGAAAAUGAGAGGACAAGCUUUUGUAAUUUUUAAAGAGAUAACCUGUGCUACGAGUGCUUUACGACAAUUACAAGGAUUUCCAUUUUAUGGCAAACCUAUGCGCAUUCAGUAUGCAAAGACUGACUCCGAUCUUGUAUCAAAAAUGAGGGGCACCUUUGCAGAUAAAGAAAAGAAGAAAGAAAAGAAAAAGGCCAAAACGCAAGAACAGGUAGCUGCAAACAAAAAAGCUAAUCAGGCAACAACACAAACAGCAACUGCAAACUCUAACCAAACGACCUCUUCAGCAGCUCAGCAGGUACCAGACAAUCCACCCAACUAUAUCCUGUUUCUCACUAAUUUGCCUGAAGAGACCAAUGAGAUGAUGUUAUCUAUGCUGUUUAAUCAAUUCCCUGGUUUCAAAGAAGUACGUUUGGUGCCAGGCCGCCAUGACAUAGCAUUUGUGGAAUUCGAAAAUGAAGGACAAGCCGGGGCUGCACGUGAUGCAUUACAGGGAUUCAGAAUUACACCAUCACAUGCAAUGAAGAUCACUUAUGCCAAGAAAUAAUUUUGAGGUCACAAGGGAGAAAAACUGUUCUACAAUCUGUUGCCCCCUCACUCAAACAAAAAACCCACACAACUUCUCGGGUAAUUGUGGACUUGUCACAAUGAUUGCAUUCUGUCAAUAAUUGAAAUGUGCCUUCUAUAUGGUUAAGUUUUUCUGUAUGACGUUGGCUGCAGACAUCUGAGAACGUCAAGAGACUGGUUGUUUUAUAUAAUAAAUGGGUUUUUCCAAUAACUUUUUUUCAUAGGGGAAAUUUGCAAAUGAUCCCCAUGUUCUAGAUCCUCUCUUAAAGCUCUGAGCCCUGAUUAAUUAAAAUCGUAGAUUUUAUUAAAAAAAACAGACAACUCGCAUGUGUUCUCUGAUUUAUUAAUGUCAAAACUGUCCAGAUAACCUUCCCUAACAUCUAGAUAUUUGUUGAUCUAAGUUAUGUGGUGAUUAGAUAAGAUCUGUAUGUGAGGAAGACAUGGAGCUGGUGUAUAAAUUUAAACUGGCACAUUUGGAAGGAAAAUAUGGGGAGAUGUAUAAGCAAUUUAAAGGUGGGAUUUGCUCAAUGAAUGUUAUUGAGGAAUAGAUGGAACAUCUUAACUGUCAACUUAAGCAUAACCAGAAUCAGUUGAGUGGGUUCAACAAGCUUUACUUUAAAUGGAUGACAAAUAAGGAAUAAUGACCUUUGCAGAAAAAGAAAUCUUAUUCACUGGAUGAUUAUUGGUAUGGCCAAAUGAAAUUUAUCACGGGCUGCUUUGGAAGGCAAAGGAAGAGAUUGCUGUGGUUCUGACUGAGAUUUUUAAAUCACUGGCUAUGUGAGGGUACCAAGUGAUGGUAAAUGCAGUCCCCUUUUCAAGAAGGGUAGUAGGAAACAGCCUGUAGAGAAGUUAUUGGAGAAAAUUCUGAGGGACUGGAUUAAUGAUCACUUGGAAAGGCAGGGACUAAUCAGAGAUGGCCAGCAUGGCUUUUACAAGAUACAAGAGAUGGCAGAUGCUGGAACUAAAAACACAAUGCUGGAAAAAUUCAGUAGGUCAAGCUGCAUCUUUGGAGGCAAAAGGUACAAGUUGUCGACUAGGCCUGAUGCAGAGUCUUGACCCAAAAUUUCAACUUGCACCCUUUGCUGAAUGGUAUGUUUUCAUGCUGUAUGACUCUAUAACUUUGGGACAUGCAGAUUGAAAGAUGAAUUGGCCAUUAACUUGCCCGUAGUGUAUAGGUGAGCAGUAGAAUCUGGGGGGGGGGGGGGGGGUGGAAGAGAACAUGUGGGAGAAGAGUUGAUGGGAAUAUGGGAAGAAUUAAAUGGGAUUAGUGUGGUUGGGUGCCUGAUGGUUGUCAUGGCUAUUUCUGUGUCCCAUGAUGGACUCAAAACUAGUUCGUUAGUGUCAAUAGACAGUGGGAGGUUCUAUUAGAUAAAUUCAGUAACAGGGUUAUUUUUACAAAACUGAAUUUCAUGCCCCAUAUUCUUGCUUCAGUAGGGUUGAUAAUUCCCUUAUUCUACUGACCACCUGCAGGAUAACUCAUUAGAAAUCAAAUGAGCACAACUUUGCCUAACAGCAAGAGCACUAUGUAAGGCCUUCCAGGAUGAAGCAUUCAGACACCUGAAAGCCAAUUAAUCAAUUUCUAAACAAAGACAGUUAAUUAAAUCUAUUUUCUGGUUAGAAUUCUGAGCAAAUCUUGGGAAUUGAAGAGUAUAAAAUGGUAGAGUAGAAAGGAGCAGGUACCAAAGACUUGCAGUGGGGAAGGUGGAGAAGAUGGCUGAUUGGGAUGUUCCAAUGACUGGUGUUUGGACCUCUAGUUCUACUUUAAAAAAUCCAUGUAACAGACAUAGUGAUGGAUUUUGAUCUGUGUGAAGGUAAUUUGUGGGAGGUAUCAGGCACAAGAUAUCUGCCACUGAACUUGCACAAAACAUCCAAAAUUGGUGGCAAAUAUCUUGUUCUGAUACUUCCACAUUCUAUGCACACAGUUUGAAAUCUACCACUAUGACUGUUACAUUGACUUUGAUUCUAAUUUAGAUUUUUGGAACAUAUUCCACAAAACAUCCAAGAUUAGUGGUAGAUGAAAUAGUUAUAGAUGAAAUAAAUUUUAAUUUUGGUUAAAUGUCUUAUAAUUACAGGACAUUAAUAAAUUGAUGAAUUGUGUAGCCCUCUUUCUUUUGUACAAGUCCUGAAUGAACCCUGUUGCCAGAAGAUGGGUGUUAGAAAAGUCUUCAGAAAUUUGGGAUUUUUAAAUCUUGAAGAAGUUUACUGAAGAAUAAGAAACUAAAUUGCAUGGGAUAGAUAAAUCCAAAAAUUACUUGAAAUGAAACCAUGAGUUCUCAACCAGGAGCUCUCCCUUUUUGUUCUUCAAAUACAGAAUAGGAAAUGAAUAAGAGUUGACGUUACUUCUGAAAGAAAUGAUUGCUGAGCAACUAUAACAGUUUAUCAAAGUUUAUUUAGCAAUAAUUAGUGAUCAACUAAAUGUUAAACUUUAAAGCUUUUUAAGGAACCUUCAGAGGAGAUGUGGCAGCUCAGGGUAAUGUGGAAAGCUUGAUCCUGGGUAGCCAGGGAGUUUGAGAGGGCAUCUUUGCCAGCGUAAUGCCUAAUCUAAAAUAAUUGAGAGAACUUCGCAUGGACCGAUAAUUAAAUCUUGAUAGCUUUAUACUGCACUGAAGUAUAUAUAGAUUAAUUUUGCUAUUCCUAAAUACCCUUUAAGCUUAUAGUAUUUGGAAUUUUAAUGUUACUGGCUUACAAAAUGUAAUUAAUGUUGCAGAUUUACUUGUACAUCCUGUUCUAAGCAUGUGUCAUUGAAUUGAACAUUUUCUCAUAUCAAGCUACUGAAUUACAAUGCAUAGAGAUCAGUACAGGUUGUACAGUUCAGAUUUUGUCUAAAUUUCUCACUCGAGUGCUAUUGUUUUCCAUGUUGUCUUGCUAUUCAUGCCUAUUAAGUCCUUCAGCAUUAUCCUUUUGAUUUUUCCCGGCAGUCUGUCUGCCCUAUAUAGCUAUCAGUUUUGUCAAUGUGGGGCUAACUGAACUUGGCAUGUAAGAAUUUAGUUAUUUCUCUAUUAGUGUGGUGCAAAGGUACUCUGUGGAACAUAACCUAAAAUUCACAUUAAGCUAUGAAAUGUAAAUGUAACUAAAUGAAAAUCAACCAUAUAUCAUAGUUCAUUGUGCUAGAAGAAAAUCUGGAAAAAGUACUUUUCAACUUACAAUUAGUGAUGUUUUUAAAGUCUCUUUAAAUCUUAUUAGUCCAGAACUUGUGGGGAAUUGCUGCCAGUCUUAUCCAAAACUGUUUGAAGUCAUCCUCUACAAGCAUCAGGAGGUAUGGAACAUUAGAAGGUGUGUUCCAGUACUGGCCAAGCAUGACAGAGAAUUUCUGGCUGCACUUCAGCAUUGGAUUCUUUCUUGUGCUGACGAUUUCCUGGCUGUACUCCAAUACUGGACUCUUUUGCCAGUGGUGACACCAGGGAGUCUGUUGUUGAACCCGUGUCAAGUUAGAGCUGGUGCAGGAACAGCAUAUUUGUUCAUUGAAUGGAGAGGAACUGCUGUAGGGAAGAAGGGCAAGUACGAGUAAUUUAUUUAAAAUAAAUUUGUUUGAAUUA